AUGUCUCAGCUCUCCCAAAAGGAGGCGGACAUCCAGAUGAUGCUCGCCGCCGGGUGCCAUCUCGGCACGAAAAACUGCGACUUCCAGAUGGAGCGGUACGUCUGGAAACGCCGCAGCGACGGCAUCUACAUCAUCAACCUCGGGAAGACGUGGGACAAGCUCAUGCUCGCCGCGCGCAUCCUCGUCGCGAUCGAGAACCCCGCCGACGUCGUUUGCCAGUCCGCGCGUCCGUACGGUCAGCGCGCGGUGCUCAAAUACGCGCAGUACACCGGCGCGAAAGCCAUCGCGGGCCGCCACACUCCGGGCACGUACACGAACCAGAUUCAGGAGGGUUUCCACGAGCCGCGCGUGCUCGUGCUCACGGAUCCGCGCACGGAUCAGCAGCCGAUCUCGGAGACGGCGUACGUGAACCUCCCCACGAUCGCCUUCUGCGACACGGACUCCCCGCUGAAGCUCGUCGACGUCGCGAUCCCCGCGAACAACAAGGCCAAGCACUCGAUCGGUUGCCUCUACUACCUCCUCGCGCGCAUGGUGCUUCAGAUGCGCGGCACGAUCUCCCCGGCGAACCCGUGGGACGUCAUGGUCGACCUCUUCUUCUACCGCGAGCCGGAGGAGCUCGAGGACAAGCCGGAGGAACCCGCGGCCGCGGCGGGCGGCGCCGUGGGCGGGUUCGGCGGCGCCGUGCCCGUCGCGGGGCAGUGGAACGAGGCGCCCGCGCCCGCGGGGUGGGAUGCCGCGGCCGCGCCCGUGGACGCGUCCGGGUUUGGAUCCGGGUUUGACGUCGCUCCGGGAGGGUAUUAA